AUCAGAAAUCUUACUUUUUGAUUCAUUAAGAAGGGAAAGGAAGCAGAAUUUUGAAAAAAAUAUAAGCUUUUAGCUAUAUUUAUAUUUUUGGAAUCCAAAAAUGAGUCCAAUCGAUGGCAUUAUUUCGAGGAAAGUCUUGCCUGUAUGUGAUGGCCUCUGUUUCUUUUGCCCGUCUUUGCGUGCAAGGUCCAGACAGCCUGUUAAAAGGUACAAGAAACUGAUUGCCGACAUUUUCCCUCGAUCUCAGGAAGGCGAACCAAAUCAUCGGAACAUAGGAAGACUAUGUGAAUAUGCUUCCAGAAAUCCUUUGCGUAUUCCAAAGAUCACUGAUGCUCUUGAGCAAAGGUGUUACAAGGAACUGCGAAAGGAGAAUUUUCAUGCAGCAAAAAUUGUCAUGUGCAUUUACAGGAAAUUGCUGGUCUCCUGUAAGGAUCAAAUGCCAUUAUUUGCUAGUAGUUUACUAAGCAUUAUGCAAAUUCUGUUGGAUCAAACACGUCAGGAUGAGAUGCAAAUUAUAGGAUGUCAAACUCUUUUUGAAUUUGUAAAUAAUCAGAAGGAUGGAACUUACAUGUUUAACUUAGAAAGAUUUAUUCCAAAACUCUGUCAGUUAGCACAAGAAAUUGGGGAAGAUGAGAGGGCACUUAAUUUGCGUGCGGCUUGCCUUCAGGCUCUUUCUUCAAUGAUUUGGUUUAUGGGUGAACACUCUCACAUUACAGUGGAAUUGGAUAAUGUUGUUUCAGUUGUCUUGGAAAAUUAUGAAGUGCCAAAGAAAAAUUCAGAGAACCUUGAUGGUCAAAACCGGUGGGUAGAGGAAGUGCUCAAAAAUGAGGGUCUUGUCCCUCCAUCAGAUGCAUUCACAAAGGCUCCUUCUUGGAGGACAAUUGUGAAUGAUAAAGGCGAACUAACUGCAGCAGUUGAAGAUGCAAAGAAUCCAGGCUUCUGGUCCAGAGUUUGCUUGCAUAACAUGGCUAAGCUAGCAAAGGAGGCUACAACUAUGCGGCGUGUUCUUGAAUCUCUGUUCCGUUACUUUGAUGCUCUGGACAGAACACACAUUUUUAGCAUAUUAGUUAAGCAUCUUGAUCAUAAAAAUGUCCUUAAACAACCUGAUAUGCAGCUUGAUAUCAUAGAGGUCAUCUGCUGCCUUGCUCAAUAUGCAAAAAUUGAGUCUUCUGUUUCAAUGCUUGGUGCAGUAAGUGAUAUUAUGAGGCAUUUAAGGAAGAGCAUACAUUGCUCACUUGAUGAUGCAAAGCUUGGACCUGACAUAAUACAAUGGAAUAGAGAUUUUAAAGAAGCAGUGGAUAAGUGCCUCGUACAAUUAUUAUAUAAGGUAGGAGAUGCAGGCCCAAUUCUUGAUGUCAUGGCUGGAAUGUUGGAGAACAUGUCAACAAUUACAGUUAUAGCCAGAACUACAAUUUCCGUUGUUUAUCGAACCAGUCAAAUUGCAGCUGCAAUACCAAAUCCAUCAUAUCGAAACAAGGCAUUUCCUGAGGCUUUAUUUCAUCAUUUACUCCCAGCUAUGGUCCACCCAGACCAUGAAACUCGAAUUGGAGCUCACAGUAUCUUUUCAGUUGUUCUUGUGCCAUCUUCAGUAUGCCCUCAUCCAUCAUCAGUUAGUUCUAAGUCAAAGAAGGCCAAAGUUCCACAAACACUCUCAAGAGCUGUUUCUGUCUUUUCUUCUUCAGCUGCACUUUUUGAGAUGUUAAGGGAGGAGAAAUCUUUCUCAAGGGAAAAUAUUGUCCUAGAGAACAAUGGAAGUUCUGCUAGUGAAAGAGAACCUCAAAACAAUAACAGUGGGCUUCUCAAUAGAUUGAAAUCAUCUUAUAGUCAAGCAUAUAGUGUGAAAGACGUCCCUCCCAUACCUUCGGCUGAUGAAAAUUCUACAAGCUUCUUUAAUAUAGAACCUCCUCAAGAGGUGAAUUCUCUACGGCUGACCAGUCGCCAGAUUACUCUUUUGCUGUCAUCCAUAUGGGCACAGUCUCUCUCUCCAGAAAACACUCCUCAAGACUAUGAAGCAAUUGCUCAUACCUACUGCCUUGUCUUGUUGUUUUCUCGAGCCAAGAACUCAAGUCAUGAGGUUCUAGUUCGAAGUUUCCAGCUAGCAUUUUCCUUGAGAAACAUCUCUCUUGGUGAAGGAGGGCAACUCCCACCAUCGCAUCGUAGAUCUCUUUUUACCUUGGCAACUUCAAUGCUUCUCUUUUCAUCAAAAGCUUACAACAUUCUUUCUCUUGUCUAUCGUUUCAUGGCAGUCCUUAUAGGAAAGACGGUAUGGUGCUUGUAGAAGAGAUGAAAUAAUAUUGACAAGAUACUUUUCUUGCAAAGUUUUUAUGUAGUAGAGGUGGAUCCAUUUUUAUGUCUGGUGGAUGAUUGUAAGUUAAAAGCUAACAGCGGGGCUGAGCAACAAUAUGGAUCAAAAGAAGAUGAUAAUUUGGCUCUGAAGACUCUCUCACAAAUACAGAUCACACAGGACCAAACUAGAGAAUCACUCACUUCUGAGAUCGCGAAAAGCUUGAGAAAUUUGUCAGAAGUAAAGGCUUUUUUUUUUU